AUGGAUCCGGCCGAGGUUCCGUAUGGAAUUGAUCCAAAAAGUGCAUGCAGAGUAGAGGUCACCGUCAAUGCUUACUUCACUAUCAAAGACGGUAGAAGGGAGUACAAUCGGGGUAGGACAGUAAGUUGGAUUGUUGAUUCAGAAGAGUACGCAAAUUUCUGGGUUCAAUCAGGGGAUAAUGUGACAUGCAAGUUGGCGCCCGAUGCUCAGCUUCUUGAUUUGCUAAGGGCAUCUAGACUAGUGAAAUUGUUCAUGGUAGUGGGCAGACGUGAGCUGAAUGUAAGAGACGAGGAGAUGUCUGCUGCAGUGAACACAUGGAAGGAAGAGAUGCUUGCUGCAGUGAACACAGGAGAAGAGAUGAUUGUUGCAGUGAACACAGUAAAGGAAGAGAUGCUUGAUGUAGUGAACACAGGAGAAGAGGAUAUGCCUGCUGCAGUUAACAUAGGAGAGGAGGUGAUGCCUACUGCAGUGGACAAUGAUUUGGAGACACUGGACAAAGGAUUUGCAUGGGCAGAAGCACCUAAAUAUGGGGAAACAACUGCAGGGCCACCAAUGGCUAUAGAGGAAGAGAAUGAGCACUUUAUGACUGCUGGGUGUGAUCCUAAUGGAGAUGAGCCAACUGGAACAAAUGAAGAGUGGAGGUACUUUAAAAAUGUCGAUCAUGUAGUCAUUGAUCCAGUUGAAGUAGACAUGCAUCAAAGAAAGAGGGCUAGGUCUGUUCCAGAAAUUAGAGACUUUGAUAGUGAAGUUGUACCCGAUGAUGAGGCUACUAUACUUGAUGAUUUUCUGGCGCCUCACACAUCACAUGAUAAAGAGAAUCCAAUCAUUGAGGGAGACACGUUUGUAGACAAGAAUGCUUUUGUCCACACUAUUAGGCAAUAUGCCAUCAAAAAUGAGUUUGAAACUAUAAUUGAACAUAGUGACACAAAAAGGUACAGGGCAAGGUGUGCAGAUCAAAAUUAUAAUUGGAGAGUGUUUGCAAAGAAACUACAUGGUGGCAACACAUUCAUGGUGAUCAAACUCUCAGGAUUGGAUGUCCACACUUGUUCUCGUACAAGCAAGAUGAAGGGUCGAGAGGCUUCCAUAGCUUGGGUAUCUGAAAAGGUGAAAGAUGUUGUAAAGGAGGAUCCCACUAUAAGUGCAAAGAAAUGA